AUGGCAACUAACCCUAACCAUGCCCCCACCGUCAAACCCACGAUGUGUCUCCAGGACAUGGACGAGGUCAAUCAAGUCUUCAACCGCUUCGACGUCAACGGCGACGGCAAGAUCUCGGCAACGGAGCUCUCCGACGUCAUGAAAGCCCUCGGAUCCGACACUUCUGCCGACGAACUCUCUUGCAUGAUGUCCGAGAUCGACACCGACAAGGAUGGCUUCAUCAACCUCCAGGAGUUCGCCAGCUUCUUGAAGACAAGCCAAAACGACGACGUUUGGAUGAAGGAACUCAGGGACGCAUUCGAGCUCUACGACCAGGAUAAAGAUGGGGUGAUCACUGCUGCCGAGUUGCACCAGAUUCUGACCCGGUUAGGUGAGAUAUGCUCUGUUCAGGAUUGUGCCAGAAUGAUCAAGUCUGUGGAUUCUGACGGUGACGGUAACGUCAACUUUGAGGAGUUCCAGAAGAUGAUGACUAACACUAAGGCAUAA